AUGGCGCAUCCGAGGAGCCGCUGCCUCUGCCUCCUGACGGGCUUCGUGGUCCUGGCCCUGGCCCGCGCUCAGUGCCCGGAAGAGUGCGCCUGCUCCCAGUCGGCCCAGGUGGAAUGCUCAGGGCCCCACAUCACGGAGAUGCCCGGGCCCCUGCCCAGCAAUGCCAUGAGCCUGCAGGUCAUCAACACCCACAUUGCCGAGCUGGGGGAGGCGGCUUUUGGGAAUGCCUCGGCCCUCAUUGCCCUGCGGAUGGAGAAGAACGCCCUGUCGCGCAUCAGCCCGGGGGCCUUCCACCUCCUGCUCUCCCUGCGCUAUCUCAGCCUGUCCAGCAACCAGAUCGAGGAGCUGCCACUGGAGGUCUUCCAGGGCCUGCCCAAGCUGGAGGCCCUCCUGCUCUCCGGCAACCGGCUCCUCCGCCUCCACCCCGCCCACUUCGCCCAGCUGGGCAGCCUCAAGGAGCUGCAGCUGCAAGGGAACAGCCUGCAGGCCCUGCCGACGGGCGCCUUCGACCAGCUGCCUGCCCUGGCCAAACUCAACCUGGCCAAGAACCGCCUGGCCCGUCUCCCGCCCCGCCUCUUGGCCCCGCUGAGGCGUCUGCAGGUGCUGAGGCUCUAUGAGAACCAGCUCACGGAGGUGCCGCCCCGGGCCCUGGAGGCCUUGCCGGAGCUGCAGGAGCUGGGCCUCCACCAGAACCAGCUGCGCCAGCUGCCCCCUGGCCUCUUCUCCGCCAACCGCCGCCUGCAGAAGCUGUUCUUCUCCAACAACCGGCUGGAGGCUCUCCCUGCCGGCCUCCUCCUGGACCUGCCGGAGCUCUCCCGCCUCUCGCUCUUUGCCAACGCCCUGCGGGAGCUUCAGCCGGGCACCUUUGGGCCCAUGCCCCGCCUGCGGGAGCUGUGGCUGUACGACAACCAGCUGAGCGCCCUGCCUGACCACGUCUUCAGCAACCUCACUGGUCUGCAGCUGCUGGUGCUGAGCAGGAACCGCCUGCGCUCCCUCGCCCCGUCGGCCUUCGCCGGCCUGGAGGCGCUGGCGGAGCUGUCCCUGCACACCAACCAGCUCCGCUCCCUGGAGGGGGAGGCCUUCCGGGGUCUGGCCCAGCUGCAGAACCUCUCCUUGCAGAACAACCAGCUCCGCUCCCUCCCGGGGCAGCUCUUCCAGGGCACCCCGGCCCUGGAGUGGGUGCAGCUGCAGAACAACUCCCUGGAGAGCCUCCCUGCCGGCAUCUUCAACCGGCUGCCCCACUUGCGCGAGGUCCGGCUGCACGACAACCCGUGGUCCUGCGACACCCGGCUCCUGGCGCUCCAGAAGUGGCUGCGGGAGAACCAGCCUCGCCUGGGCGGCGGCGGAGGCCCGCUCUGUGCUCUCCCGCUCCACCUGCAGGGGCAGCCCAUCGCCGAGCUGGACGAGGGGCUCUUGGCCGCCGAGGUCCCCGAGAGCACGGACGGGCAGGAGCCCACCUCUGCCCAGACAGAGGGUCCUUCCCAGGGGCAGAGUUCAGGGACCCCAUCUCAGCCGCCCCUGGACAGCGAGACGGGCAGCGCGGAGACCGAGCGGGACUGGCCGAGGGCAGCCACCGAGCCCCCCAGCCCCGGCGUUGCCCAAGCCCAGGGGGGGAUUUGGGGCCUGACCCGCACCCAGACCGGGGUGGUGGUCACCUUCAUUGUGGUUGGCUGCGCUCUGCUCCUGGGCACAGUGGCGGCCGUGGCCGUCUACGGCUACAGGAGGAGGAGUCGCCGGCAGCUGGCUGAAGGCAGAGCGUAG